UUUUUUCCUAUCCACUGCGGCUUCAUGCUGACGUCACAUGUGACGUUUCUAAAGAGAGGCGUGAUGUUUGCGUUCUAUUUCCGCAAACAUGGAGGCCGUGUUGAGCGAUGUAGUGGCUCCCGAAGACCUUCUAAAAUUUGAGAAGAAAUACAACAAUGAGCUGGCAAAGGGAGCCGUUUCCAAAGAGACUAAGUUUGAAUACGCUUGGUGUCUGAUCAGGAGCAAAUACACCGACGACAUCAAGAAAGGAAUUGCGUUGUUGGAGGAACUUGUUCAGAAAGCCUCAAAGGACGACACGCGCGACUUCUUCUUCUAUCUUGCUGUGGCCAACUACCGACUGAAGGGGUACGAAGAAGCCCUGAAGUACAUCCGCAUCCUCCUGAAGAACGAGCCGGGCAACAAGCAGGCGCUGGAGUUGCAGGCGCUUAUCGACAAGGCUUUGAAAAAAGAUGGCUUGGUCGGCAUGGCGAUCGUAGGGGGAAUCGGGCUCGGCGUGGCCGGUUUAGCCGGGCUCAUCGGCCUGGCUGUGGCCAAGCGAGGGCCCAAGUUUUAACCGCAACCUUUUCCUCUCUCCUUUUUUUUGUUUUUUUUUUGCUGGACUGCCCCAUUGAUUGAUGUAUUCUCAUUUGCAUUGACAUUUACAUUGACCAUUGAUCGCCAGCUUCCGCCUGUGUACAUAACAAAACAAGCAUCUAGCCACGCCUUUUAUUUAUCAUCCAAUUUAUUUGAAUGCUAAUCCACUGAAAAGGGAAUGUUAUGUCAAAUGUCCCGACUUUAACAAGUUUGUUUUCCCCGGAUCGUUCAAUAAAAGCGAAAAAAAAAAAGAAAGAAGGAAAGUGUUGACUUGAGUCACCUGUUCUCAUCAAACAAUUCCGCCCUUAUCGGUAGCGUCGCACGUCGUUCCCACCGAGUACAUCGUGAUCGUAACGUGCCGCCGUUGACGGCAACAGGAAAAAACAUGUCAGAAAGAAAAAUACAACUUGGCCUACUUGGCUGACCUUGUAAAAUUGUCUUGACUUAAAGAUGAAAUCAAAUUUGUCGACGUCGUUUUACAACGCCAUUGUGUGUGUGUGUGUUUGUGUGUGUGUGUGUGGUUAUCAGCCUUGCGAUGUGUUACUCAUUAACUCGGCUGACAGCAGCACCGAAACUCCCAAGGGACUAACGAAUAAUUUGCCGUCAUAAAAAUAUUUUGUGUGUGUCCAUUAAAUCACACUUGUGAGGUUUACCAUGAUAAACUUAACUGGGGGGA